ACCUAAGAAUCUACMUUGUCUGUGAAGCAAGAAACAAUAGAAUACAAUGGGGAAUUGCUUUGGACUGUUCUCGGCGGUGGAGUCUCAUACCCGUCCUCCGGUUGCCGCUCCUCCGGCCAAAAGGCGACGGAAAGAACAACCUUUUGUGACCGAAGAAGUCCUUGAAAUUCGAAUGCUAGCAAGAAAGUAUCAUGAGAAAGUGGUCGAGUGUGCGAAGAAUUCACAAGAAGCUUAUCAGAAGGGCGACAAGAAAAAGGCACAUACACUCAGCGAAGAGAAAAAGGAUUGGCAGAAAAAGCAAAACGAUGCAAAYAUCAAAGCUGCAAAACUUAUUUUGGAACCACAAAGCUGGCAGACGAGUGGAGAGAUUGAUUUACAUGGAUUAUUUCUUCAAGAGGCAACGAACGCUACCCUAGAAUUCUUGAAGUACUGGUCUAAAAAGGUGUGGUCGGAUGCAAAAAUUGUCUUGAUCAUAACUGGAGCGGGCCACCACUCGGAAAACCACAAGGCAGUAAUACGACCCCAUGUUGAGCAAAUCCUUCAGGAACAACACCUUGACUACAAAUCCGUUCACGGAAAUGGUGCUUUUGAAAUCACCCUCAAGCCAAGACAAUAGAAACGAAUCUAUGAUAAUUCAAACUCUCUCGCAUUUGUCGAAUUUCAAAGGAUCUCUUCAUGCAGAUGUAAMAUGAAUGAUUUUCAAUUUUCAUUCUCGACAUGUUAUUGAUUUGCUAGUUGCUAUGGUACGAAAUUUUUCAAUAUAGCGCAAAAAMGAAU